AUGGCCAGCCUAUCCGCCUUCCUGCACUAUCUGCGCCUCAAACUCCUGAUCUCCUUCUACCGGCUCUUCGUCAAAAUCCUCACCUCGCCUCCGAGGCCUCGUCCUGACUCCGUACUGAGAAUUCCAUCUCGCGAUAAAGGCCGCACUAUCAAUGCCCAUCUUUAUAAGCCCUCCUGGGAGUAUGAAGGGACCAUGGAUCUGCGGGAUCCGAGGAUCUCGCCAGCGUAUGCUGAUGCAUCUAAAUAUCCCGCCAAUAUGCUGGUUAUAACAGCGGAGUUGGACUCGUCGGCGCUCGAGGCGGAGGACUUGGCGAAGAAAGCCGAGACGGAAGGUACAGCGAGCGGCAGGAAUGUGGUGCUUAGGAGGAUAAGAGAGUGCGGUCAUGCAUUUGACAAGAAGAACACGGAUGAAGCUUGUGUCCAGGCUCGAGACGAGGCUUAUGGACUUGCUGUGGAUAUGUUGAGGAAGGUCGCAAGCGAGAGUGGUUGA